UCCCUCCCUCCCCAGCCUCCCGUUGCGAUCCUCCGGAGCGGCUGCGGGAGCGGCGGGCGGCCGGGCCGGCAUGCAUCCAUCCCCGCCCGCGGCCGCGGCCGCUGCCCUAGCGGGAAUUACAGCCUCUCCCAGCCAGCUGCCAGCAUGAUUUCAUCUGCUGGAGGAUUUUUGCAUCUGAUCGCUUGAGGUUUUGUUGUUGUUUUUUUUUUUUUUUUUUUUUUCCCCUCCCUCUGUCUUUGUUUCCUUCCCCCUUUCCCCCCCUUCCCCUCCCUCCAUCCCCCCUUUCCUCCUCCUCCUCUUUUUUAGAAGCAGCAAUCGGAGAUGGAUGUCUCUCUUUGCCCUACCAAGUGCACUUUCUGGAGGGUAUUUUUGCUCUGGAGCAUUUGGGGAGACUAUCUGCUUUCGGUGCUGGCUUGCCCUGCUAAUUGUCUUUGCAGCAAGACAGACAUCAAUUGCAAGAAGCCGGAUGAUGGGAACCUCUUCCCUCUCUUGGAAGGGCAGGAUUCAGGCAGCAGCAAUGGCAACACGAGCAUCAAUAUCACGGACAUCUCAAGGAACAUCACUUCCAUACACAUAGAGAACUGGAAGAACUUGCAGACACUGAACGCCGUUGACAUGGAGCUGUACACAGGACUCCAGAGUCUGACAAUCAGGAACUCAGGACUACGAAACAUCCAGCCACGCGCCUUUGCCAAGAACCCUCACCUGCACUACAUAGACCUCUCCGGGAACCGCCUCACCACUCUGUCAUGGCAACUCUUCCAGACCCUGCGACUCUCUGAACUGAGACUAGAGAGGAACCUUUUUAACUGCAGCUGUGACAUUCGCUGGAUCCAGCUCUGGCAGGAGAAGGGCGAGGCAAACCUGCAGCACCAGGGGCUCUACUGCAUGACCAUGGACGCAGCCAUCAUCCGUUUGCAGGACAUGAACAUCACCCAGUGUGACCUUCCUGAGAUCAGUGUGAGCCACGUGAACCUGACGGUGCGGGAAGGGGAGAACGCUGUCAUCACCUGUAAUGGCUCGGGAUCGCCGCUGCCGGACGUCGACUGGACAGUGGCUGAACUCCACUCCAUCAACACCCACCAGACCAACCUCAACUGGACCAACGUUCAUGCCAUCAAUUUGACCUUGGUGAACGUCACCAGUGAGGACAACGGGUUCCUGCUCACCUGCAUUGCUGAGAACGUGGUGGGGAUGAGCAAUGCCAGUGUGCUGCUCACCGUCUACUAUCCCCCUCGCAUCCUUACUCUGGAGGAGCCGGUGCUACACCUGGAGCACUGCAUUGCAUUUGCAGUGCAUGGGAACCCAGCUCCCACCCUUCACUGGCUGCACAACGGCCAGGUCCUCCGGGAGACAGAGAUCAUCCACAUGGAGUUUUACCAGCAAGGGGAAGUGUCUGAGGGUUGCCUGCUCUUCAACAAACCCACUCACUACAACAAUGGCAACUACACGAUCGUGGCCACCAACCAGCUGGGCUCAGCCAACCAAACUAUCAAAGGACACUUCCUUGAAAAGCCCUUUCCAGAGAGUACGGACAACUUUGUCUCAAUUGGGGAUUAUGAAGUGAGUCCCACCCCACCGAUCACUGUGACCCACAAACCAGAAGAGGACACUUUUGGGGUUUCCAUAGCGGUUGGGCUGGCAGCUUUUGCUUGUGUCCUCUUGGUCGUCCUCUUUAUUAUGAUCAACAAGUAUGGCCGGCGGUCCAAGUUUGGGAUGAAAGGUCCCGUGGCAGUGAUCAGCGGAGAGGAGGAUUCUGCCAGCCCUCUCCACCACAUCAACCACGGCAUCACGACACCCUCGUCCCUGGAUGCUGGCCCGGACACAGUGGUGAUCGGCAUGACCCGCAUUCCCGUCAUCGAGAACCCCCAGUACUUCCGACAAGGUCACAACUGCCACAAGCCAGACACAUAUGUCCAGCAUAUUAAGAGGAGAGACAUCGUUUUGAAGAGGGAGCUGGGAGAAGGUGCCUUUGGGAAGGUGUUCUUGGCCGAGUGUUACAACCUCAGCCCCACGAACGACAAAAUGCUGGUGGCAGUGAAGGCACUCAAAGACCCCACGCUGGCAGCCCGCAAGGAUUUCCAGCGGGAGGCAGAGCUGCUCACCAACCUGCAGCACGAGCACAUCGUCAAGUUCUACGGCGUGUGUGGGGACGGAGACCCGCUCAUCAUGGUCUUUGAGUACAUGAAGCACGGGGACCUGAACAAGUUCCUGAGGGCACAUGGCCCAGACGCUAUGAUCCUCGUGGAUGGCCAGCCUCGACAAGCCAAAGGGGAGCUAGGGCUAUCCCAGAUGCUCCACAUCGCUAGCCAGAUCGCCUCUGGAAUGGUGUACCUUGCCUCCCAGCACUUUGUCCACAGAGACCUGGCCACCAGGAACUGCUUGGUUGGAGCCAACCUGCUGGUGAAGAUUGGAGACUUUGGGAUGUCAAGAGAUGUCUACAGCACUGAUUACUACAGGGAAGGGCCGCGUCCGAAGGGCCAGUUCAGCGCAGCGUGGCAGCGACAGAGACUGGCACCGCCGGCAGCUGCAACAGUUGGAGGACACACCAUGCUGCCUAUCCGCUGGAUGCCUCCAGAGAGCAUCAUGUACAGGAAGUUCACAACCGAGAGUGACGUCUGGAGCUUCGGGGUGAUCCUCUGGGAGAUCUUCACAUAUGGGAAGCAGCCCUGGUUCCAGCUCUCAAACACAGAGGUAAUCGAGUGCAUUACCCAGGGCCGAGUUUUGGAAAGGCCUCGAGUCUGCCCCAAGGAGGUUUACGACAUCAUGUUGGGCUGCUGGCAGAGAGAACCUCAGCAACGGCUCAACAUCAAGGAGAUCUACAAGAUCCUUCAUGCUCUGGGCAAGGCCACACCAAUCUACCUGGACAUCCUUGGCUAGCAGUGGCCACUUGUUGGAAGUCCCUGCUCCUUCCUUCCAUCCUUCCUUCCCUCUCCCCCUCCCAGGUCCUUUGCCCCUCAGCUCCCAAGCAAACAUCUUCAUAUAAACUCAAGUGCCUGCUACACAUACAACACUGAAAAAAAACACAACAAAAAAAGCAAAACAAAAAGCAAACCAACAAAAAUCCUGGAGAACAACAACCUGUAAAGCAGUUUGGCUUAUAUAUAUUUAUAGAUAUCUCUCUAUAUAUAACUUCCACACCAAUACAGAAAGAAGCUGCUGUUACAGAAAAUUGUAAGACUAUAGGAAAAAAAAAAAAAGAAACAAAAAAGGGAGAAAAAGUACUUAAAAACAUAUAUAUAAUUAAAAAAAAAAAAAAAAGAAAGAAAGGAGAAGAUAUCUUUCCCCCGAGCAAUGAAGCAGUGAAUUGUAACCCUGCUGUGAGUAUGGUUCGGGCUGCUGGGCAGGGCUCUAGACUGGCUAUGGCAGCAAUGCCGUCCUGGGUAGGAGCCCCAGGAAGAAGGCCUUGCCCUGGUUGUAUGAUAUGCACUGAAUGUGUGAAAUCAGUCCUCCCUUUUCGUCCUUGCCUCCCUCCCUCCUUUCCAGCCCGCAGGUGAUGGGCGCAAAGCCAGGGCAGUGCCCCUGGAUGAACUCUCUUUUACCAACCCCUUCCCUCCCUUUCUCUCAGGCCCUCCCCAUCCCUCUUUGCCUUCCUGCCUUUUUCCUCCCUCCAACAUUUCAGGACAAUUUUUCUAAUUUGCUGAUUCUUAAAUGUAUAGACUCAAGGCUUUCGAACACACAGUCAAAGGAUUGUGGCACCUACGGGUAAAACACACACCGGGAACCAGCUGCCCUCCCGCAGACUGCAAGUUUGCCUGGCCCAGCCCUCCCUCUGCCCUGUGCCAGCUGCUGCCAGUGCUGGGAGAGCAGCGGGACCAAAGCGGCUGCGCACGGGAGUUGGGGGCGGGGGGGGUGGUUCUGGAGACCCGGUCCUGAAUCAUCCCCAACCCAUUUCAGCCUGUGAGACAGGAGUACUGUUUGCCCAGGGCAUCCAGCGCAGGCAGCCACUCUGGGGUUGUUCCUCGCUCCUCCCCACCCUUCAUGGUUGCUAGCGACCAUGAGGUUGUUCCCCCUCCCUCAGCUGUCUGCACCAGGGCCGAAUUGGUCCCUUUAGCGAGCAGAGUUGGAUCCCUGCUCGCCUUAUGGGGGAAAGGCUACAGGGUGCAGACAGCUGGGAACAUGCCUGCAACCCAGCUGGGCAUGUCUGUAGGGUCAGCAUAUCCCAGUGCUCUUCCUCCCUAUCCUCUUCCCUUCCCUGUUCCUGCCCCAUGCCUCAGUCCCAGCCUCAGGCACAAGCCAGCGGGGGGACAGGGAGGGGGACACAGCUUGUGAGAUGGCUGGGAACCUACCAACACCUGCCUGCAGCUCCCUUGCCAUUCUCCUCACGUCCCCAUCCCCUGAAAGGAUUGAUGCAUCUGCCUUUGAGCUGUUGUGAAAUGCAGAGGCUGAAGAAUAGCUCCACAGGCAGCCCCGGGAGGAGGGGGGAAGGAGGGGAAGGUGCCUUCAGGAGCAGACGGCUCAGCGGAUGGCCGCAGCGGCCAGCCUUGCAUCUCAAUGAGGAGAAUGGCCUGACAGGCAGCAACAGGGGGUGGUGGGUACAGCGAGGGAGAAUCAGCAGCAUCCUCCCUACGGCUCAUCUCCCUGGAGCAGGAAACGAUCCCAACCUGGGGAAACACUGAGUCAGACGUUGAAUCCUGCCUGUCCAGACUGGGCUGAGAAUAUAAAACCUUUCUGGGUCUUUUUUUCAAGUGGCUGAUGGAGGAUGAGGGGGAACCUCAGCUUGGCAGCUGCUCUCAGGAGGCAGGGACCAGUGGCACAGGCAUUGUCAAGGCAAUUUUGAGAAGGUAAUAACUGCCAGCACAAAAAUAGCCUGCUUGAAUGUGGCACUUUCCUGGAAGGGAAUGCAGAUGGGGAAGACGAGACAGAGAAGGGAUCUUGGCUCCUUCCUCAAGGCCAGAGUAGUAUUCAUGGCCAGGAUGCAGGGGGAGAUAGGUGACUCUUCUUAUGGCUUGCAUUGGAAGGGAAGACUUCCAUCUUUUCCUCAUUGCCCAUGUUUCCUGACAGUCUGUAACUCUCACCCAUGGCUCUUGCAUGACCUGACUUAGGGUUUCAGGCAGAUGCAGGGGACAUUGCUACAAGGAGGAUUACGGUGCCAGUAGUGGCCAAGGGUUUAUUCUGUGCUUAUGUAAUGAGCAGUGCAAGCCUGGAGCGGGAUAUGAUGGGUGGCAGUAACCAUGUGGGAGCAAGGACAUAACCUUCCUCUGCAUGGUAGAGAGAUCUGGGCUAGUGGGACAGACUCAUGCCAACGGAGGCUGGACAGACUGCCACUAAACAGGCACCAGCUGCUCCACAGCAUGGACAGCAAUGAUGGCAUGGUCGUGGACAAGGGUGUGGACCAGCACACGGAGUCCACACACAGGAACAGCGUACCAUGCCAUCCCUCCACAGCAGGAUCUCGCUCCUGUGGGAGAGGACAUCCAGUUUUCCUCACCUGCCUACGUAGGUCUAACCUUGAAAGUGAAAAAGAUUGGUUGAAAAUUUGCCUGCCCUGGCCUGGCCCCCUUUGUGUGCAGGCUGCUUUGGCUAAAAGGAAUUGAGAUUCUGCAUAGGGGAAGAACAAGCAGUGGCUGUGAGUUGCCCAGCAUCUCCAAAAGAAAACCCUUUCCUGGGGCUGCCUGUCUCUUACUCCAGGUGGCUUUUGGCUCUUGUGGCUCCCAGGCACUGCGUCAGAUUGUGCAAGGCCACAAUUUUGUCCACCCCUCUCUCUUGCUGUCAUGCUCUCAUUUCUUUUUUGGCCAGUGUCACAGGCUUUUACACUAUCAAAUCACCUACAGACACUCUGUUCCCAGUGGAUGAGAUUCCCUUGUCACCAUUCUGCAGAGCAACUACAUGCUCCCUGCCUUCCCUCUUUCAUCCUUCCCCUGCUCCCCAGCACCAUCACCUGUCCCUUCACCAUCUCUCUGUACAGUCACAGCAGUGAGGUGAGCUCAGGUGCCGUGUGACACCAAGCCUUGGUGCUGCGUGUGUAGGAAUAGGUGGUCUGUGGGGAAAUUUCAUGGGUCCCCAGAAGAUGUGAAGUGGCUCAUGCUCUGCCUGCUUUCCUGUUAGCCCCACCACGUGCAGUGACUGUCUCGGAAAAAGGUCCUUUUGCCAAAGUUAAUUGUGAACAAUUACUCAGAAGAGCUGGAUAAGCUGCAGUUCUGCAAUGUGACAUCUGCCCUGUUGCUGCUCUAGGGCCCUUGGCCUGUCAGGGCUGGAUGGAGGUUUGUCGAGGGGAAGGAGGAGAUGGUUUUGUGUUUGAAGACAUGAUGGAAACUUCUGCAUCCCUUUUUGGCAUGACAGUUUUGGAGGGGAAGAGGGAAAGCAGCUGUGUUGCAUUCCUAGUGAACACCCUGAGACCUCAUUUCCAGAAGCACCUUUCCUGGACCAGAAGCGGAGCUGCCCAUCAACACGGGUGAUGCUGAUCUUCUCUGUAGGAAAAUGGGCUCUGGGGUGGCCCUACUGUGUGUGAGGGGAGGAAGAAGAGCAGAGUUUGGGGGAAACUCUCACAGAGCACCAACAUCUGAGUGUUCAGAGUCAAAGAGAAAUGAGUUCAUGCUUCUCUGUUUCUAGGAGAGAUACUUCCCAAUGCCUUGCCUCUACUAAGAGCAGAGAGAGAUUCCUGCUGCCUGGGAACAUCAACAAGUGUCACCCAGCUCUGGGGCAAGCCAGGCCUAAUUCCCAGCACAUCCAGGCAGACGUUGCCACCACCCAGCCUCUUCCAUCCACAGUUUUCUCAAUGGGCUUGUGAAAGGGAGCUGGAAGGAACACUAGUCUGAACACAGCUGAGAAGGGGCCAUGGGGUCUUCCUGUCCCAGGUGUGUGCUGCUGCACAAAAAUUAGAAUUGAUUGCACCAACUCAGUCACCCAAAGGUGUCAUUGCAAUGAUGCUUUCUUGGAAGUGAAGGUGCUAUUUUGGUGCAUGGUAUGGAUGGAAAUUGUCAACAAGGGCUGCAAACUUUGGGCAGUAAAUGUGGCUCCAGCCCCAGGGCCUCAUCAGUGACCUGUCUUGUCUUCUCCAGUGGUGACUUUUCCUUCCACUCCAGUCUAUCAGGUUGCAAGACAAAAGCUGAAAUAUAGCAAAGGGAAGACAUGCAAUGAUUGUUCAGACUGAAAGUUCAUCCUGUCUCCUGAAAAACUUGCCUAUCUGGUCUUUUUAAAUGUCCCUCAAUACAUGUGUUUUGGGGGUGAAAAAGUCUGAGCUGCCUCAUUUCAGGCUUAUCCUUGGAUCUGCAGGAUGUUGAAUUGCAGACAUGUGACUGGGAACUGUGCUGCACAGAAAAAUGUGGAAACUCUGGAAUGUCUUUAGGGAGGCUGCUUACUUGGGAGACAUCAUUAGCUUUGAGUUGUUUGCUUGUCCCCAGGAGUGGGUGGAACAAGGUGAGAAAAUAUGUGGGGAAAUAAAAGAGCCAAGAAAAGGGAAAGGCGGGUUUUAGAAGGCAAGUGAGUAUCUUGGGUUGGAAAAUCGAGACAGAUUUGGGGAGUGUGGUGUAGAAUUUUAAGUAGCACAGUGGGUACAAGCAAAACCAAAUGAAAAUACCAGUGUGCUAGAGCUCCAGAAAAAGUUUGCUAUAACACUGGGCAAAUACUGGUUUAAAAAGGAGGCAGAAACCAAUAAAAUCAAGGGACCAUUUAUGCAGGCAGGAAACCAAAUCAUUAGGGUUUUUGCCUUUUUUUUUUUUUUUUUCCCUACAAGAAAAUGCAACUAAAAGAAGGUCUGAAAAGUUAUGCUUUUUCAGGGGCACAGACAGAAAUAUAAUACUAUAUGAGCUGUUUCCUUUCAUGUGAAAGGCUCUUAUUUCCCAGAACUCAAAUGUAUGGGUUUCCUUGAGUUCAGCAUAUGGGUUGAAGAAUGCAGACAUGGGUCACCACAACUCCCAAACCCAAAAGUAGCUCUAAACACCUGAUCAGGUGGCAUUCAUGUGCCACUCACUCUGUGUGGAGACAAUAUUGCAUUCAGCAUGUUAAGAAGUUUUUUUUAAAUCUUUCUCAUUUCCUCCCUCCUCAGGAAGUAUCUGCAUCUUUUCCUGGUCUGGCCAGGGUUCAGCUGAACCACUACAGCCAUGGCUCAUACCCAGUGUUUUUUACAGCUCUAGGUGUUCUCUGGUUAUAAGUCAAUGAUGAGGAUAAGCAAGGGGAAUAAAUGAGGUCCUGGCUGUGAUAUCAUGCUGUGAUGGCUCCUCUGACAGCUGGAAAGCUCUGGGCAUCAACAAGGUUGGCUUCUUUGCUAUGGGACUCACAGGCACAGGCAUAUCUUGGCACAACCCAAAAGGCUUUUUUUCCAUUCACGUGCAGUGGCUUUCUGAUGGAUGGUGGGGUCAUGGAGCCUUGUCACAACGCUGCUGUCUCCAAAUGAGCACCAAAAAUAGAAAAAGAGAAUUUUCCUCUCUCAGCACUGCUUUCCAGGAGUGGACAGACUUGCUUAGCUCUAAGGUACCUUCUCCACUCCUGCACCAAUGUGUCUCUUGUGUCAGUACCCAUUUUAUAUUUAAGCAGGUGCUAAGUCCUAAAAAUUCUUUUCCCUUUGCCCCUCUCCUUGCAAGCAGGGAUAUUGAGAUUCAAGCCUGAGAAACUAGGUGUUUUCAAAACAUCUCUUCUGGCUGGCAGUGUCAUAAAUGACACAGGCAGAGACGUCAGUCACUGCUCUGAGAGGAAUGAAGGAGCAUUCCAUCUCUCCUGUGCCUCUUAUUCCUUUCCAGUACACCACUGAGCCAUGAAACAGCUCCCUGAGAGAAGUGAUUGGACUCCUAUUGCUUGAAACUUUGAAAAACUGAACUGAGGAAAGAGAGAAGAGACCAAAGAGAAGGAAGGACAAAAUAUUCCAGCUUUCUUCAAGGGUUAAGUGAGCUGGUAGGUUGGUUUCAUCUUGAUGCCUGCAGUUUCUCACAGACCCAAUCUGACAGCUGUUUUCAAACUAAAGGAAUGACCAUUAGUUCCUUCUCCCUUCUGCUAGUCCCACAAUUUUAGCAUCUCUCCAAGGAGAAAGGAGGCACAAAAAAAUCUAGCCAUCGCUUCUUCACACCGUCAGGAGUCCUCCACAGGAACUGAUCUGCUGCCCAGCACAAGCGACUGAUCCCACAGCUGAAAACUGGAACAGUUGUUCUGAGGGGGAGUUUAACUGCUGAACUACCGGCUGCUUAGGACAAGGUCCCAGCAGGGAAGGACUGAAAUACCUCUAAAGAAAAUCAUAGCUCUGGGAGGUCCAAAUGUCUUCUUGCAUGCUUUCUCUUGCUCUCUGCUGGCUUCCAGCCUCCCAGUCUUUGCUGCUAGAUACUCAGAUAGCUGAGUUUCUUCAUUCACUCCCUUGACAGAGCACAGAGAGCUGGUGGAGGUGUUUGAUUUCAGUGCGGUAGGUGAGAUAAGAUUUCUUCGCCCAUGCCCUCUUCUUUUUCUCCCUGCACUGCUCCUGUCCUUGCAGUUCUCAGGACUUGACUAGGAGAGUUUUUAAAUGAAGUGAAAGUCUUAAUGUGAGGUGAAUCCCAAGACCACAAACAGUUUGGACUUCAAACAGUGAGAAAAUUGGCGCCGGAUGAUUCCGCACACAAAGCAGAAAACUUUCAUUUCCUGCAGGCAGGAUGGAAUUGACUGUUAUAUUAAGACUUCAGAAGGAGCACUGCCCUGGAGUAAUUUCACUGCUGUCAGGCAGUGUUGACAUCUAGAUUAACCUCUGUGCAGUGAAUUUUACAGCAAAGCUCAUUGUAAUGCAUGUGGGGUAUCUCCUGUAAAUCCCAGCUGAAGCCCACAGUGUCCCACCCUUCUGCACAGGAGGAAGGGUCGGGGAGGAGCCACUAUCAUUUUUGACCCCAGCAAAGCAUGACUCUAACCUCAUCCAGGCCAGUUCUGCUGAAACUGAUUUUCUACCAUGCUAAAGUGACAGUAUCUCCAGCCUGAAUUUUUUUAUUUUUUUUUUUAAUUCCCCAAAGAGGUUUACAUCACAAGGCUAAAAUUUUUGCCAGUGACAAACAGCUCCCUUCAAGUAUCCACCCAGCAACACAGUCCUAAUUAAAAGGCACUAGUUAACCGGUGGCAAUUAGCUGCUUGCACUGAUUAACACCAAGACAUGUAAUCCCCACACACAAUGCUCUGAUCAGAUGUGAUCUAGGACUAAAUGGCAGACAAACUCCCAGCUGAUGUGAGAUAGUGGCAUUUCAAUCCUAUCCACCCGCCCACAGGCACGCUAUCAGCACUGUUUACCAAACCAAAACUGCAUGGAUUAAAGAAGUUCACACAUUUAACUCAGUGCAAGACAGAGGACAUCCCAAAAGAAGUCCCUUGGCUCCUGAACUGAAAGCUCCUGUUGACAAGUUGGAAGCAUAGACCAGACCUCAAGUCCUUUUGUCUUUUGUGUAAGAGUAGGGGGAGCAGUGAAAUAUCCCAGGCAGGAGCAGAACAGCUUCUUCACUUUUGUUUGAGUAGAGAAAAUCCUCUCUGUGGUUAUUAAGAUGCAUCUCUGAGAUACACUUUGUGAAAAAAACACUAGAAUCUAAAAAAAAAAAAUUGAAGAGGAAGGGUAAGUUUCUUUCUUUGUGUGUUUUUGUCACACCUUCUUAUUCUCACACAUUUUCAUACUGUCAUUGCUCUGCAGGCAUCUGUAGGAGGUUCUAGACAAGAGACAGGCCAUCAGGUAUCGAACAGAUCAGCCAUUAAGGGAAAAAUCUCAACAGGACUUCUAGAAACCUCUCUCAGAGCCCACCCAUCCUCUCACCCACAGCUUUUCAUAGUAGGUUUUGGACAGCCUGUGAAGAGGGGACAUGUCUGUAGUUUCCUUUAAUCUUCAGAAGGAAUGGUGGCAUUUCUGCAAUCUGACCCAACAGGAAGAUUCCUUCAAACUAACAUUUAUUACCCCCAGUCAUAAUACAGCUGAAAAGGCUAUCCAAGGUUAUAGAAAAGGUCAGGCUCUUACUUUGGACUGGAAUUUGCUUUGGAAGAAAUUUGAUGGACCAAUUUAACCACCACAGCACAUCAAAACCUGGUGGCUUCAUUUAAAAAGUAAUCAGUAUUGUAUUUCGCUUUAGACAUCCGUGCAUUAGUGUUCUGCAAAUAUGAUUUCCUCUUUGUUUGCAUUAUUGAUGCCAUAAAAUGUCAGACACAUUAAAGAAAAAAAAAAAAAAGAGGCCAACCUUUGGGGUUUGGAAUGAUUCUGGCUGAAUUGCAGUUGGGUUACUUUUCUUUUUAUUUCCCAUGGUAGCGAUGCACUGUUACUCAUUCUGCUAUUGCUUUACAAAGAGUUCUCUGUAAGUGUAUUUAUUCAGCCAACGAUAUUUCAGGAAACACAUAACCUUGAUAUUUUUUACUGCAUGUGGCAGUGCUCUGUGUGUGUGUGUGUUGGGGAGAGGAAGGGAGGUGGAGCUUUUUACAAGAGCCCUCCCAUGUCUAGUAGUGUGUUGGCUUUGUGUAAUGCCAAGUGCCUCCCUCCUGCUCAGGUGGCUGGUUUGAUUUAACCUCAAGAACUGACUUUUGUUAUCGGAAUUUGAGGUCUUCUGGUUUUGCACUGCGCAGAGUCUGUCAUCUGCUUUCACCAUUCAGCAGCCAUCUGCUAUCCACAGAGGUUCCUAGAUGUCUAUGCCACAGAGAUUACACAGCACUCAAGUCUCAGGCAUGUGAUAGAGGAGUUUUAGCACAUUUUGAUCCUGGAUCAGCAGCAAGUUCACUGAUUUAGCUUGGUUCCCACCCAAGGUCUGACUGCAGUUCCUGAGACAGAUAGUAUAUCAGCUGCUCAGUGCAUUUUCUCACAGACCAGUAAGAGCACAGGCCUUGGUGGCUGUAUGCUCUCUGCCUCACCUCUCUAUAAUGGGUGCAGAUUCAUUUUUCAGUGUUCCUGUGAACUUUUUGCGAGAAUAUUCUUCCUCUUAAAAAUCUAAAAAAAUCUCAAGAAUUUUGUCUUCUUGAAAGUAAAAGUGAAAAAAUAAGAAGGAAAUAUCUCCCUUAUGUAGGGAUUUUCAUCAGUGGUAAAAUUUCUUUUCAUCAGCUCUUCCUUCCAGUGACAUCAAGACUUGGGUGAAGAGGAAGAAGAAUACAGUGGAGCAGUCUUAAGGAAGAGGUUCAACCAGGACCUAGACUGCAAAGUCAUCUGUUCACAUACUAGGCCCUUGACAGCUUCAUAGAGAAAGAAUCCCCACCUUUCUGUGAGCAGAUUCCUGCCCAGUUGUCUUGUUCCUACUCCAGUUAUGAACAAUAACUUUCAAAUGGCCUUCAGAUCUCUUCAUCUUCACAGAUCCCUCUCAGGGUUAUCCAAAAAGACCAAAGAAGUGACGACAGGGGCUGAAUGGGUGUGUAAUUUGGUGUGUUUCUCUCACUUUUUCACCAGGAGCAAAGACAGUGAAAGUGACAGAACAGAAAAAUUAUUUUUCCCAACAGGAGAGAUCCAUUUUCUUUUUAAACUCUGAUAUUUAAGAUGCCGUACAGCAGUACCUAUAAAUAUGCCUUGAAUUGUUGAAGAGCACAAGGAGUAUAUUUGAUUUUGUUUUUAUGUCUGUAAUUUCUCUCACCAAGAAUUCAACUGUUACUCAGCUCCCAGCAGGUUGUUCUGACUGCUGGAGAGAUGUUUGGGAUUGAUUCCGGCUGUGACCUGUUCGAGUCCAGCCUCAUUCCUAUGUAGCUAGAUUGAAACAAUAGCAAUCAGCAAGAGACUGAAUUGUUGUUCCUGUGUAACUAAACCUUCUUGUGCAACACCAAGCUAAACCUUGAAGGCAUUGAACAACCACAACUUUGAGAUCAGUAAAGGCUGUAGGUACUGAGAGGCACUGAAGGUCACUAUGAUGUUGGGAACAGAACGGCAGGAGAGAGAAAGAGAAAUGCUACAAGGAAAAAAGCAACAAACAUUACAUCAGAAAAGACAGUGGUUGGUUUGUAAAACAAGAAAAUCCACUGCUGUACAUGAGAAAAGAAUCAGAAUAUUCACCCUGGCAACCAGGAACAUUGGCCAUCAGGACAAGAGCAGCUCUGUAUCCUACAAACCUCCUCUCACUUUUAAUUUCCUAUUUGUCUUUCACUUGCUAAUACAGAACAAAUCCUGGCUUAUGGCCUUCCUGAAAACUGAAAUUAAGAGGCAGAUUUGGGAGAGGAAGAGAGAGGCCAGAUCCUGCUGGAUGAUCAACAGCUUUAUAGCCCAGCACCUUUCAGUAGCAAGUGCCUGGUGUGUCCUAUUUGGUGCAAGUAGUGUUCACAUUAAGUGUAAUUAUAAAAAUUCUCUUCCUAAGAAGAAUAAUAAAAAAUCUCUCGGUAAGAUGGAGAUUUUAGGAGCAGGACAGACGUCAGUAGCCGCGUCCCUGCGGAUCAGCACCGCGGACAGCGGCACCUCCCGCGCCUCUCCCCCCUCCCAGCUUUUCGGGCGCCGCUGGAGGAGGAACUCCGCUUUAAAAGAAGGAAAUCUACUCUCAAAGGAAGAAUUCAGCUUUUGAAGGAAUCCUGGCCACACUGGUCAGGGCACUGCUGUCUCACCCUUUGUUCUUUUCUCCCAUCCUUUUUUCUAGUGUUAAAUUAUUAUCCUGUAUCUCUCUUGUUUUCAAGUGAUGGAGGAAGGAUAGUUUAAACCACAAAACAAUAAUUCUAAUUCUAGGGAUAGGAUCAUUCUCCCUUCAGAUUUAAACUCUCUGCCUCACUUCUUCCUGGACUGGUGUUCCACUUAUGAAGGCUCCAUCUCUAAUUUGUGUUGUGAAAGGUUCCUAUCUUCUCAUCCAUUGGGACAGUUUGACAAACGGAGAGCUACUAUACUGAUAGCCCUUCAGAAACAGAGUAUUUAUGUUAUUGGAAACAUCAUGUGAUUCAGCUUUGGCCAUCAAUUACAUUUAGGGUAAAUGUUGGUAAAGGGUAAACAGAAAAAUUUUUUGAAAAAUUGCAUGUAAGGGACAUAUAAAUGACACUCUGGUCCCUGAAAGUUUUUUCACAUCAAGCCACAGAAAAAAACACAUUACUGUGGCUUUUGUGUAGUGGAGAGUUGUCAGAAUCAUAGAAUCAUAGAAUGGUUUGGGUUGGAAAGACCUUAAAGAUCACCUAGUUCUAACCCCCCUGCCAUGGGCAGGAACAUGUUCCACCUGACCAGGUUGCUCCAACUUGGCCUUGAAGAGUCAGACAAAGAUGAAGAGCCGUGCAGGGAAGAGCAGGCAUCCAGAGUCAAGGCUCCAAAUGGAGAAGAACUUAUAUGCCACAUAGCAAAAAUUACAGGUAUUUCAGUACUCAGCUUGUUUCACCUGCAUACUUGGGAUUUCAUCCGGUGUUUUCCUGGAUCAUACUAAGGAAAAUAUACCCUAAAAUUAAGAUUGAACAUCUCCUGGACCUAUUUGUCGUGGUGAGAAGUUGUUGGGCGGGAGCAUGCAGGCUCAUUACAUCCCUGAAAAAUUUAGUGUGAGGAAGAACAGCCAGAAAAGUGAGCCAGAGAGUUGGGCUAUUCCCCCCACUCAACAUAUGCUGCUUUCUAGGAGCAGUUUCCUCUGUAUCCCACCUCCCACGUACUCCCCAGCUGUGACUGGCAGUUUCUACAAUGGGACAUGUGGAUGGACACUCAGAGACAGGACUGGGAAGUGCCUGAGACACAAGGCCUCAAAACUUGUAAGUAACAAUACUGAAAAUGAGGAAUUAAUGCCAGACUUCUGAUGCCUAGGGCCAUCUGGAAGUCAGAAAGGAUGAGCUUGCAGGGGGUGGCAAAGAUUAUUUGAUGAGGGGCUUAGAGAACAAAUGGUGCUAAGAGGAGGGAGAAAAGAAGCCCAGUGGGAUGCAGAGAAAGGAAGGAAACGGACAAGGACUUGAUUCCUAGUGAAGGGUCAGUGAUCGUGGGGGUAGUGAAAGCCAGAUGUGAACUGUGGUGAAGCAGAGGACAGCCCUGGUUGGGGAAGAACUAUGGUGGUGAGGAAGGAGUCACUAUGAAAUGAAGUGUGCUCAUCUAAAUGAGUCCUGAAAGUUCCUCCAAACCCUCAGCCCUGCUGGGCUUCUCCUAGGCCCAAAUUCUCUGCUUCAGACCCCGGAAAUGCCAUAAUUUUAACCACAUUUAUUUUGCUCUCUGACAGCUCUGGUUACAGUACAAGCAGGCUAGAUUGUUUUAGCUCUUCUCCCUCCCCCUGCUCGGCCCCUGCAACCAGCCAAUUCCUUGUAUGAAGGAAAAUUGGCUUUCUUUUCUUUUCUUUUUCUUUUUUUUUUUUUUUCCCAAAAGUGUCCAUUACAUUUUCAGCUAAACUGAAAGGCAAUUUUUUGCAUGAGAGCUUUGCAUAGAUAGGCUUAAAGCAGAACAAAAAUUAAUAAAUAACUGUACUAAAUUACCUCCCCCUCCCCCACCUUGCCUUAAUGAAGUGCUGUUUUACAUAAGCUAUUUCAAUAGAAAGGAAGUAUUUUUGGGGCAGGCAAAUGAUCAACAAUAUUUAGCUUUCCACAAGUGUUGCAGCUCCCUCCAACUUUUCUGGGUCAGGCAAGGAGACAAAGUUUUUCCAGGUAAAGAUUAAGGGUACAAAAACCGUGCACCUGCCUCUGGUAAUUUCUUCAAGACACGUGUGUUGAAGCAGUAUCGUCCAUCAGCGGCUUGUGUGAUGGCAUUGGCAGAAAAAUCACUCUGAUUUCCUGUGCUGGCACUCCUGCCUCAAGAAGAAACAUGCAGCUUCCAGAAAUCUGCAAGGGUAGACUUAAUUUCCAGGAAACUACUCCUCCCCCCAGCUGUACUGCCCCUCAGCGCUGCAGUCAGGCUUGGCCCCCACAAGGUGCUGCUUCACAGCUCACUCUGGCAGGCGAGCUGGUCCUGAGAGGAGGAUGGGGCUACAUCUCAGAGGAAAGACAUUUUGAUGACAUUUUUGUUGUUACUAUUAUUUAAAACAGCUUAUUUUAAUCUCAGUUAAUGUCAUGGGAAGUCUGCAUGAGCAGAAAACAAAUCCUCUGGUGAUGUGAUGUUUGCUGAAUUGAUUUUUUUUUUUUUUUUGGCAGACUUCUUUUUACACUAUACACCAAUCCACAUUUUCUUAGUUUGGGGUUUCUUUUGGAUCUUUUGAAUCCUAUUUGCCACUUUGCAACUGAAUUGAUGGUUCUCAACCUUUUCCAUCCUGCAGUCUCCCCUUCUCCAAAUCCAAAUUCACCAUUUUCCCCUGCUGGGAACAGGCCAGGUUACCAGGAGAACCUGGUGAUAACAAGGGGGUCGUGAUCUCUGCCUGCCCACUCCACCUCCACUGGCUCCAACUCAGAGGGUAAGGAACUCUGAUCUGAGUAUUGGCCAAGGUAGGGUCCCUGCUUCUCCCCUACCUGCCACAUCAUGUGCAUCGAGCACGCUGCUACCCUGGAAGGGGAUGACUGAUACAGUGUUAGUCAGACUUACAGGAAGACUUUUUAAAUUAAGGAUUUGCAGUGAGGUCAAGGGACCUGUUAAAGUGCUGAGGUAUUUACCCUCCCCACACCUUCCCUUCUUUCCUACCCUGCUUUGUCCUGUCCUCUCUCCCCAGCCUUGAAAUGAAACAGAAAAUUAUUUUUUUAAAACUGUGUCGAUAAUUUAUGUUUAGUAUAAAGGAUGAUUUAAUGGCAUCACCAAAGGUCAUUUUUUUCAUCUCCUUGUUACUGCCCCAGCCCCCGAGGCUGUGCAUCCCCUCUUUCCCAUCUCUCUCUGCUGCCCUCCCUUUCAUUCACCUCACACACCCCCGGCCACCACCCCACCACAGCGUUCCACACACCACACACCUGCUUCAGGUUCAGCCAACGACCGUUGGAGAACAGAGAUUUCAAACCCAAACCUCCACCCCAGACCACCACAAACUGGAACCAUUUCCACCUUGAAAAUAGUCAGUUGCUGCAAAUGACAGGCAGACUCAUUUCUUGAAUUAAGUAAGGUUUUUUUUAAAGCCUUUUAUACCUAUUUACGUGUGCGCGUGCGUGCACCGUGUGGACACAGUGGUAUCUGUGUGCACAGAUGCACACGAAUCUCUCUCUCAAAUAUAAAUAUAUUGUAUGUUAGAGCUGUAAAUAUUCCUUGGUCAUGUGUCUAUGUCUUCUUCAAAGUAUCAUAUCCUCAGUGUUAUGUUAACAAUUCCAUUUAUUGAUUGAUGAAACUGUGUGUAGACCUGUACCCUCCUGACAUAGUUUAUGUAGCUCUCUCUUCUCAAAUAAAGUACAAAACUACCACUA